UCACUUGACAUGCUGUGAUCAGCACCCACCGCCUGCUUCUCAGGGCUGCUUUAGUAAAUCGUGUGGCUGUGUGACAGCAAAAGCUGAGUCUUACCCCAGUGUGCCUAUGGAAAUUGGGACCUAAACAAAACUGACCUGACCUCCUUGUUUUGGGAAGCCUUUAAUAGGGCUGCUGCAAGGAGUGUCUUUCUCCCAAAGCCUUUCAGCUGUUGAAGAAGGACUUUUUAUAUUCCAAGACAAGAAACUAGGAAGGACAUAAACCGCGUAUUUAGCAGCAGUAUUUCCUUGUUUGACAGCUCCCUGUGGCUGAGAAUGAUGUGUUUUCAACAGAUGCCUGUUCAGAAAUGCCUGUUUCUCAGAAUGGGAGGAAAGCCUAAUUCUGAUCAUAUAUUAAUUAGUUAUUUUGAUACAUUACAGAAACGGCCUCUGGAUUCCAGUUUCACCUGCCCUGUCAUGAGCAAAAAGCAGAGGAUUGGUCGCCUGGCCAGUCGAGUCCAGCCAGCAGCCAGUGACCUCUGUGCUGCUUCCUCAGUACUGCCUCCCACAGUUCUUCCAACUUCUAACACAUCUGAAACUGUCAGCUCCACUUUCCCCUGCACCUCCAAGGUGCAACAAAAGGAUUUGUCUCAGACUGCUUUUGGAAUCUCAUCACCUGACACAGUGCAGGGGGAGUCUCUGAAGUCUAAAGGUAAGAACGAAGACAGGAAGAGGCUGGAAGCAUCUCAGCUUUUGGAUUUCAGUGAAGGGGUUAAAGAAACUUGCACUGCCUCCACAGACCCUGCAUUAUCAAGGGAACAACCGGACGACUUCAUCUGUGGAGCCUUGCAACUCAAUGACCCAGGUUCUGUCCAGGAUAAAGUUACAGUAGGUGGAACAAGCAAUAAUGAGAUGACCAGAGAGCACCCGAUCCAGGCAGAAAAGGACUCAUGCAAUCAAAGUACAAAGGUCAUUACACCUCAUGGACAACUUUUAGGAAGAAAAGCAGAGGUCAGAAGAGUCCCACAAAGCACUCCAGAUGCCGUGCCUGAGAGGAGGAGAACAACACCCAUGACCCCUGAAAAUGUCCAUGGCAGUCGUUGCAAUGCUGUGUAUCGCAGACCAUUCAGGGACAGGGUGAUUCAUUUGCUGGCUCUGAAGAAUUACAAGAAGCCAGAGUUAUUUGAUCACUUGCAGAGAGACGGAAUCAUGCAAAAGGACAGGGGUUCCCUUGGAAAGAUCCUUCAGCAGGUAGCCAACCUGAAUGCAAAGGAUAAUUCCUUCAGUCUGAAGGAACAUUUAUUUAAAGAUGUUCAGAAGGAUUGGCCUGGCUACAGCGAAGUAGACAGACAGGUUUUGGAGACAGUACUUUCUAGCUCCCUGUGGCUGAGAAUGAUGUGUUUUCAACAGAUGCCUGUUCAGAAAUGCCUGUUUCUCAGAAUGGGAGGAAAGCCUAAUUCUGAUCAUAUAUUAAUUAGUUAUUUUGAUACAUUACAGAAACGGCCUCUGGAUUCCAGUUUCACCUGCCCUGUCAUGAGCAAAAAGCAGAGGAUUGGUCGCCUGGCCAGUCGAGUCCAGCCAGCAGCCAGUGACCUCUGUGCUGCUUCCUCAGUACUGCCUCCCACAGUCCUUCCAACUUCUAACACAUCUGAAACUGUCAGCUCCACUUUCCCCUGCACCUCCAAGGUGCAACAAAAGGAUAUGUCUCAGAUUCCUGUUGGAACCCCAGUGCAUGUGGUUAAAGAAACUUUCCCUGCCUCCACAGACCCUGUAUCAUCAAGUGAACAACCAGACUACUUGACAAAAUACGUAGCUAUAGUGUCCUAUGAGCAACGCCAGAGCUACAAGGAUGACUUCAAUGCAGAGUAUGGUGAAUACCAGAAUUUGUUGGCUCAGAUAGACAACAUCGCCAAGAAAUUCAGGAAUUUUAAUGAACAACUGAAGUGCGUGACUCAGGGGUCCACAGCAUAUCAGAUGCUUUGUCAUCAAGUCCUGGCAGAGCAUCAGAAGAUACAACAGUGUAGCCCCAGCUACUCUGAAUUGAAGAAGAGAUGUCAGUAUCUGCACAAUAAGCUGUCUCACAUUAAGAGACUAAUACAAGAAUUUGACGAACAGCAAGAGGAGUCCUAGCACCAGUCAUCUGCUUUGUUCAGGACACAUCUAUAAGCUAUGGCAUAUUUAUUUAGCUCCCCUAGGAUUUCUUAUCUUAGUAUUGAAUAUUAGCUUUUUUGUUUAAAAUUGAAAAUUAGCUUCUAUAGGAUUAUAUAAGUCAGUAUUGAGCAGUAGGUUGUUUAUUUAAAAACCAAGGUCCACUUCCUCAAAUAGUAUAUAAGACAGUAUUUCACAUUUGCAUUAAAGAAGUUUCAGUAUUGUUAAUUCCUUGUGGUG